CAGUAUUUUCCGCUUCGCCGACAUUUCCACAUACAGCCCGUGGUGAGAAGUGUUCACUGAGUUUCUAUUAACAGGAAUCGCAAACCAUCGCUAUGGCUGGAUUAUCAGUAGCAGUCAUCUUGCUAUGUUUGCUCAACUCUGUGUUUUCGCAAAGAAUGUUCCACAUCAGUGGACCUGUUGGAAAUGAGAAUAACACUUGUGGAGACAGCUUUACACUGGCUCCACGUUCAACAGAAAAUGUUACUCUGGUUGCCAACGGACGCCUUUCUAAGGGUUUCUGUGAAGUCACCAUUGGAAUCAACAACUCACAGCGAUGUAAACGACAAAUCUGUAUCCAGGGAGCUGGGACUUUGACAAGCUCAGGGAUUAUUUUCCACAUAACACCCACUCCAGGUUCAAUGACUGAGUACCGGGGACCUAACUACUCAGAACUAGAGAUGGAACACUGUUUUGAUGCUUACUCACUAUUUAUCAACAUAUCAGAACCAGCCUCAGUCGGCCAUAACUUUAACUUUCAGCUGUUUCUUCGUCCAUCUUGUAACGACAGCAACAAUGCAGAUCAAAUAGCCUUGUCUGAUGCAGAUAGUCGUGCUAUAGAUACGGUGGCUGAAUUAGAGCGAGCCUGGACACUAACCACGGUGUAUGGAGCUGUAACAGGAGUGUGUCUAGCUUUCUUCUUUCUUAUCAUUCUCUUCAUCACCUACUGCUAUUAUAGAUCCUACCCCUACGGCAACAAGAAACGUGAAAAACAGAAAACUGCUAACAAAAAAGAGGGAACUACAAAAAUUCAGGCAAGAGAAAUGGAGGAAAUGAAAUUACUGGAGACUAAGGAGGCUGUGGGAGAUUCCUCAGGCCUGGGCUUAUCUGAUAAUGAUGUAAUAGACCUGGAGGAGGGAACCAGUCAAAAUAAAGAGGAACCAGACAAAGAAGAUACCUUAACAAUGGAGAAAGAAACCAAAAAAGUGGAGGAAAAUGAAACAAAUGUGGAGAAGAAAAUGGGAAAUGACUUUGUAAAUGUGGAUCUGGAAACACCAGAGCCUGAUGAGUCUCAGAAGUCUGCUUCAUUAGACUCGGAUUAAUUAAAAUUAACAUUAAAUUAGGUUCAAUAAUUCCUAUUUGCAGCAUGUGAAAAUUAUAGUGUUUAAUACAGACAUGAGACAAUUUCUGUAAGUGUAUAAAUGUAAAUAUAUAGAGAUUUAAAAUUGCUAGAAUGUCAGAAUAUCUGUUGUCGUGAUUGUAAACUGUGUCUAAAUGUCGAUUUGUGAAAUAGAUAAAGAGUGUGUUUUUGGAAGAAAUGAAAAAUACAGUAUUGAACUGGA